CAUUCCAGGCAAGUUGCUUGCGAGUGUUUUGGACUAAUUCUCUUGUAUAUGCUGCCAGGUCUUCUUAUCAUAAAUAAAUUACCUUAUCGGGCUAUUUCCUGGCCCACAUGCUACUUUCACGUGAUCGCGCGUCCACAGUUCAGUCAGUGUUUUUUGCGCGCUGCCCAGCGAUAGAACGGAAAUCGAAGGAGUAGGUGGUAGCAUCAAAGGGAUAACUUUGGCUGGACCAUUACAGAAAAUGGAUUUUCUCGUCGGUAGCCCAUUCUCUUCUCCCGUCGGACAACGAAUUCAACGAGCCACCAGCCCCACUCUGCAGUCUGAAGACUGGGGCCUCAACAUCGAGAUCUGUGACAUCAUCAACGAGACAGAGGAUGGACCCAAAGAUGCUAUGAAGGCCAUCAAGAAGAGAGUGGUGGGGAACAAGAACUUCCGAGAGGUCAUGCUGGCGCUUACUGUGCUGGAGACGUGUGUGAAGAACUGUGGCCACAGAUUCCAUGUCCAUGUAUGCACAAGGGAGUUUACGGAGGGAGUGCUGGUCCGAACCAUCCUCCCCAAAAACAACCCGCCUGCAGUGUUACAUGACCGGGUGCUGAGCCUCAUUCAGUCAUGGGCUGAUGCUUUCCGGAACGCUCCGUCCCUGUCCGGGGUGGUGUGCGUGUAUGACGACCUGCGACGGAGAGGCCUGGAGUUCCCCAUGACUGACCUUGACGCUCUGUCUCCCAUCCACACUCCACAAAGGAGCGCUCCAGACAAUGGAACAUCCCCUCCAUCAGCAGAACCAUCAGUUCCACCCCAGGCGCAGACCCCCGCACCUUCUCCAGCUCCCUCCCAGAAUCCCCAGCCCCCACCGACAGAUGGACCCGUCUCCUUAUCCCCAGACCAGAGGCAGAAGCUGCAGUCAGACCUGGACCUGGUGAAGGGCAACCUGACGGUGAUGACGGAGAUGCUGAACCAGAGCAACACGGCAGAGUGUACCGCCUCAGACAGGGAACUGCUGCAGCAGUUGAACGGCGUGUGUAAAGGUAUGCAGCAGAGGGUAGUGGAGCUGAUCCCUCGACUGCUGGACGAGGCCCUGAUUGGUGAGCUGCUGGUUAUCAACGAUGACCUGAACAAUGCCUUCAUCCGCUACGACAGGUUUGAGAGGUGCAGUGCACCGAAAAAGACCACCGCAACCCCAAAAGAAGCAUACCAAAAUCUCAUAGACCUCAGCCCCGUGUCCCCGCCCUCUUAUUCGUCAGUCGACAACCCACCUGUCAGACAGCCAGCCGCCGAGGCUUCGUCCAAUCAGAUGUCUCGUCCUGUUCCAGUGGAGGAAGACGAGUUUGACAUGUUUGCUAACACCAGGGGCAGCUCUCUGGCAGAGCAGAGGAAGAGCGUGCGGUAUGAGGACCCUCGGGCUGUGGAGGGCUUGGCUGAAGCACUGGACACUCGACUGCAAGUCACGGGCGCGGAUUCAUAUGAUUCAUAUGACCAGACUCCACAUUUGUCUGUGAAGGAUGAUGACGAAUGGACUCAGGCAGCCAUUGAGUGUGUCUGGAUGCACAGUGAAGGAUUGAUGCCCGCUCCUCGUACAGGUGCAAUGAGUGACAUCGAGCAAUGGCUUUCUACAGAGACGCCUGAGACUGGGGAGGCAGAGGGAGUUACCAGUGACGACUUUGACAAGUUCUUGCAAGAGAGGGCAAAGGUGGCAGACCAUCUUCCGCGCGCCCCGAAAACCACCAACGGCUCGUCGCGCGCACCGCCCAAGACGACCGGUAAAGAAGAGCGAUCACAUGACCACCUCUUCACUCUGUGAGCAGUAUGCGGGCGCCGGGUACGAAAGGCUGACAGGAGACGCGUGUCACUCAUCACUC